GGCUUCUCGGGCCGUGUUCCCUGGGCGUCCUGUGCGCUCUCCCUGUCCCUCGGCUCGGCUAACUUAUUAGGCGGAUGGAGCGCCGCCGACAAGAACAGCGAGGAAGUGAAGGACAUAGCGGAAUACAGCGUGUCCCAGUACAACCUGCAGAGCAAGAGCCGCUCCAUCUACACAAUGAUCUCACUGGAGGAUGCCAUGGAGCAGGUAGUUUCUGGGAUGAACUAUAAACUGACCAUGGUGUUGGGGAAUACAGCAUGCAAGAAGAGUAAAAACAACACGAAUAUACCUUGUCCAUUGCUAACCGGCUCGAAGCUUAAGAAACGUAGGUGUGUUUUCAAAGUGUAUGUUAUCCCCUGGGAAAAGAAAAGAAUACUUCAAACAAAGCAGUGUACAAAUAUCUAA